CCCCGAUCCGGCUCUAUAAAAGCGGGCCCUCGACACUCAAAACUUUCCGCUUUUCCGAUCAACCAAACUUUACAAUGGCAGCUGCAGCUGUUGCUCAGAACAACGCGCCUUCACCACACUCUUCUAACAGCGCAUCUCCACAAUCUCCGACAACUCGACUUGCUGCACCCUCAAACGCGCCUUUAUACACUCAAGAGGAUGUCGUUCGAUUCGUACAAGCUGCCCUUGCUGCGGCAUACCGGGAUCAGACCGUCGUUACUCAGUCUCGAGCACAGCAAACGCAAAUGCUUCAGGAGGAGCAGAAGAUAAUGAAACCCCGAGUACAUAUGUACGAGACGUACGGUCUAAAGCGUUCGAUGAUUGCGACUCUCGAACUGCCGGGUUUACAGAAGAACGACGUUUCCAUUACCGCUCGACCGAAUGGCGAUCUUAUUAUUUCUGGAGAACGUCGACCUUCGCAUCUAUUGUAUUUGCAGGCUGCUCAGCAACAGCAGGACAGCGAAGAAGGCGAGGUGAAGGAAGAGGAGAAGGAAGUCAAGGGCAGAACAGUGUUCAACGAGCUCAAGUUUGGCAAAUUCCAGAGAAUAAUCCGCCUCCCUAGUGGAACUGAUCCUGCAACAAUAACUGCGUCUAUGGAUGACGGAAUGCUAACUAUAUGUUGGCCGCUCCCUUCGAAUCCGAGUACCUCGGAACAGCGUAUAAAACCCGAGACCACGGAAGACGAUGCUGAGAUGGACGAUGUGGAUGCGAGGCAUUCUACAGUACGGAGCGCUUAA